AUGGCCAUCGCUCAUGAUAUUUCAGCAGCCGUUCUGAAGCCUCGCCGACUGCUUCAUGGCAGUAUUACAUACUCCACCGCAAAAGAAUCUGAAACAAAUAUUCUUCACGAGCUGGGCUACUGGGACCAGGAGACGAAAUACUUCACUCAUUUGUACCGAAAUCGUGAUUUGAUCAAAUCAAUUGUUGCUCAUCAUCUUGGCUUGGAUUCGGCAGACAAAUGUCAUCUCGCCGAUCCUGAGGAUUGGAUGCACGGAAGCUUCAAUAUUUGCAUCCGAGUUGAUAUUGAUGGUUCAGAACAAAGUCCGAGGAAACAAGCGAUUGUUCGUUUUCCCUUGCCAUACCGGCUUGGAGAGAACAUCUGUCCUGGCAAUGCGGACGAGAAGAUCCUUUGUGAAGCCGGGACAUAUGCAUGGCUCCAGGAGAACUGCCCAGAUGUCCCUGUUCCACAACUAUAUGGAUUUGGAUUGUCCACUGGCCAAACUUUCACACUCCUUGAUAACUUGCCAUUCUUUCUCCGCUCUUUCCAGUACCUACGACGUCAACUGUUAACAUGGCUGGGCUACGCAGUCCCUUCUCGAUAUGUGCGGCAUCGCAACAAAAAUUAUGUCUCGCUUGGCUCAGGAUAUCUUUUGAUUGAGUACAUUGAUCGGUCGCGAGGAAGAAUGCUUUCCGAAACGUGGGCGGAAAGACGCCACAAUGCUGAGCUACGGACGAAUCUUUUCCACAGCCUCUCUCGUACCCUACUCUCUCUGAUGCGCACCCCGUUACCGAGAAUCGGUUCAUUUGUCUUGGAUGAGAACGGAUACCUGAGCUUGAAUAAUAGACCGCUCACACUCCAAAUCCAACAACUGGAAAAUGAACGGAUUCCUGUUGAUAUUCCGCGAAGCGUCACCUAUUCAACUGUUGACUCCUAUGUUAAUGACAUCUUCUCAUUCCACGAGAGCCGUCUGCGUCACCAGCCCAAUGCAGUCAGCCAUCUGGAAGACGGUUUCUAUCAGACAUCUGCAUUGAUGGUGAUGAGAAGUGUCUGGCAUUGUUAUUUUCGCCGCGAUCUCCUUCGCGGGCCAUUCUUCCUAAGUCUCACUGAUCUCCACCAGAGCAACAUCUUUGUUGAUGACAAUUGGAACAUUAAGUACUUUAUCGAUUUGGAAUGGGCUUGUUCUCGUCCGGUGGAAAUGAUCCAUCCUCCAUAUUGGUUAACUAACCAAGCCAUCGAUUUAAUCAAUGUCGAUGAGUACGAAAGUGUUCACAAAGAAUUCAUGGAGGCCUUUGCAGACGAGGAACAGAAAAUCACACCGGGGUCGGAGACACUAUGUUUGUAUCCCAUUUUACAGCAGGGAUGGGAGAGAGGAACGUUUUGGUGCUCUCUCGCGCUAAACAGCCCAACAGCAUUGUUCAAGAUUUUCUACGACUAUAUCCAACCGAGAUUCUCUAAGACUCAUGCCGAUGACACGGCAUUUUGGGUUGUCACUAUGCCUUAUUGGACGUUUAACACUUUCGAAUUCAUUGAGCAUAAAGUGAAAGACAAGGAACGAUAUGACGCAUCUUUGCGUGAAGCUUUCGAAUCCUGA